CACGUGCCGGCUGUUCUCUGGCGACUGCCGCGGUCCGGCCGUCAACAGCUCUCAGCAGACCACUGAACGCUACAUGGCCCGGUCCAAAUGUCCCGUGCAGCCAUGGCCCGGCCGGGAGCGGUACUGCUGCUGCUCCUGGUGACGUCAACAGCCGCGGUCCGGUACCGCUGGCUGGAUCCGGUGUCCCUCCACGGUCCGGCUAUACAGAUACUCUCUGCUGAAUCGGAGAUCGACUGCGGUCUCCUGUGCGAGGGAGCUACUCCUGAAGAGUGCAGCGGCUUCAUCUACGGACCCGAUGACGGCACGUGCCGGCUGUUCUCUGGCGACUGCCGCGGUCCGGCCGUCAACAGCUCUCAACUGAACACCGAAGGCUACAUGGCCAGGUCCACAUGCACAGGGAACGUAUCCGAUCCCUGCGCCUGUCCGGCUGGCUUCAGCCGCUGUGCCGGCCGCUGUCUGAAGCGACUGGACCUGGCAGUCACCUACGCCGAAGCGGAGAGCCAGUGCGCCGCGCUGGACGCCCACCUGGCCGUGCCCCGCUCCGACGAGGAGAACCAGUGCGCUGACUCCAUCGCGGGAACGUCAUUAAUCUGGCUGGGUUUUAACGACGUCGUCACUGAAAACCACUUCGUGGCUGACGACGGCUGCGGCACCGUGCCAUCCGAUGGUCCGUCCUGGGCCAUAGAACAACCUCAUAACUUCAACGGCCAAAGCCAUGGAGGCUUAGCACCAUUGAUUUCUGACAACCUGGCUCCGGGGUGGCACGAUUUUCUAUCCGCUGAUACCUUAACUCCUCUCUGUCAGCUUGUCUACUGCUAUGAUAGCCAGUGCCCCUGAAAAAAAAAUGGGUUGGGUUAGUCUGUGUAUGAUGCAAAGGCAAAAAAAGAGGCAAAAAUAGCACGCAAGAAGACAACAAAAAGAUGAGAUAUCAUGAAAGUUACUUUACUUUAUCUUAUUUCACACUUGAAUAAAGCUAGUGCAAGUUGUAUUCUUGUGUGUGGAUGUGUUGCUUCCAUUUCUGUAGGGUGUUGAAAUAGUCUCUCGACGAAACGCGUCCACCCGAAUGCGUUGUGUCUGUCUCAUAAUAAGGGCUUAUCUCUAAUAAAUGUAUCUUUCUAGGACCUAAGGGGCUGGUGAUGGUCACAGCGGCUCAGUUGUAAAUAAAUAAAUGAUCUACAUACUAGAA